AUGGCAGAGAGACGAAAGGCGCCUAAGGUGCCUAAAGUCACUAAAGGACAGCUACGUGUGACCGGCUUCAAGCUUCCGAAAAGUUUGAAACAAUUGAAGUCCUUGUUAGCCAAAGAUGGCCUGGGUUCGAAGACAAUUCAUGAGAUAGAGCCUGGGCAUCUGGGCUCAGGUUCCGACAUCAAUCAACGCCAAUAUGCCAUGUUUCGCGCGUUUUCCACACCCAUUUUCCGUCCUAGUCGAUUGCGCAAAGAUAUGCAGGACUUCGGGCUCGACCAGACUUGGGACCGGGCGAGGGAUAUAGUCAACCAGUCCUCCGAGUUUCGGCGGUACCUCGCACUCUUACAGGGCGUGCAAACAGUGUCCGGUCUGAGUCCGUCUAGUGCGGCGUGGCCGGGUGCCUUUAAACCAACGCGUGAUGUUCAAGAGCAAGUUGUGACGGUCAAGGGCGUGUCGACUCUUGAGAGAAGCCAGAAGUCAAGACCUCGUGGAACCAGAAGAGCGACUACUAGAGCUAAACAAGAAGACUUGAGCACCGGUAAAAAGACGAUUGGACGAAGACUCGGGCGAAGAGUUGCCGGGGUGUUAAAACGCCGUCGCUCUUCAAUCGAAUCAGAGUCAGAUUCGAUGUCUCACUCCAUUCUCUUCGAUGAUCCGGAUGAGGUUUCUAGUGAAGAUGACGAUCCGACCUAUGUUGAAAAGGAUGACGAGUUACCCGAUGCCGACGAUGAAACAAGCGUCAACACGGCGCUCAUUCUGCUCUUGAAAGAGCUUUCGCAUCUGAUUCCGAACAUUAAGUCGGACUGGACAUUUGACCAUCUCAGCUUUUCGCCGCAAUUCAAAAAAGGGUCAUACACCGCAAUUACAGACGGCGGGCUACGAUCAAAGACGAACCAGGCUAUUAUGUACAUUGUAGAAGCUAAAAGAAGGGUCAGAUCGGCAAGAUACGAAGACAUCGUGAUGCAGGAAGCCGCCGAGCUCGUUGGCUGGAUUCAGCAUGGAGACUCUCCUCGCCCUGAACUGAAGGGACAGGAAGUCAAUGUUAUCCAGAUCUCAAACGCCCUACUUUCUGGUGAUCGACACGAAAUUUAUGUGACAUUUGCGUCAUGCUCUCCCGACUACCAGGCAUACUUGAACCCCGAGAUCGGGCACGCAACUCCAGAUACCCAUAUGAAGAUGCAGACUUAUGGCCCGUAUAAUACCCUUGUAAACUGCCACAUGGAAGACUUCGCCGUGGUUGUGGUUAGCUUGAUGCUCCUUGCGGAGAAAGCUCUAUAA